AAUGAAAACUAAGACAAAAUUAUUGGAAGAAAACCGCAAAGGCCCAUAAAAGUCCCUUUUGAAAGAGCACGACGAGUUGCAGAGCAUCAUCAUCUUGAAACUCAGUACAUUUUUUUUUAGUUCGUCAACCAGAGGCUCUGUAUCAUAUCGUACCCCAAAAGACGAGUGCCUCUCAAAAAGCAAGAAGAAGCCAUCGAAAGAAAGCAAAGCAAAGAAAGAGAGAAUGGAGAGCAGUGACACCACAGGCGACACAACCGAUCCACCGACCACCAUGAACAUCAAUGUCAAAUUCAAGGGACGAACCAUACCUAUCACUCUCUCUCCAGACUCCACCGUCAAAGACCUCAAGUCUCUCCUUCAACCAGUUACCGAUGUCCUUCCUCGAGGGCAAAAGCUCAUUUUCAAAGGCAAACUUCUGGUCGACGAAAUGACAUUGACGUCGUCGUAUGUGACCGAUGGGGACAAGAUCAUGCUCAUGGCUACUCAGGGUUUACACCAAGGGGAUGGCCCUAUCGGAAACCGAGCUCCGGCCUUAUCGGAUUUGAGGAGGACGACCGACAGUAAUAGAGGUAGGUGGAAGGAAGUGAAGGAUAUUUCUGUUGAAAAGAGCCAGGUUGAACGUUGGAAGGCUAUUGGGGUCAUAGUUUUGUCUGGACGCGAGUUGAAGGCCAUACCUGAUGAAGUCUGGACUUGCGCAUCUUCUGCAAGAGUACUUGAUCUCAGCCACAACUCCAUAUAUGAUGUACCAGUUGCAAUUGGCUGUUUGCGUUCUAUACAGAAACUGGACCUGAAUUCAAAUUCUAUGUCGGAUGAAUCCAUUAGCUGGGAAGGACUAGCAUCUCUGAAGUCCCUAAAAGUUCUGUCAUUGAGCCAAAAUCAUUUAACAACUUUGCCUCCUGCAUUGGGUACUGUAAGUUGUCUGAAACAACUUCAUAUUGCCCACAACAAGCUGACAUGCCUCCCAGAAGAAAUAGGACUUCUAACUCAGCUUCAAAUUCUGAAAGCAAACAAUAAUAGGAUAAGCACCAUUCCCACAUGUAUAGGAAGCUGUUCUUCUCUUAUCGAGGUUGAUAUUUCAUCGAACCUUCUCGCAGAGUUGCCAGAGACAAUUGGCAAUUUAAAAGAUUUGAGGGUUCAUCUUCUUUCCCUUGCUAUAGUGGCAUUGUAUCUCAGUAACAAUGGGCUCAAAACUCUUCCUUCUACGCUAUUCAAGAUGUGCACCCAGCUCUCAACCGUGGAUUUCCACAGCACUGAAAUCACAAUGGACCUUCUCCGCCAGUUUGAAGGGUGGGAAGAGUUUGAUAAACGUCGCCUUUCAAAACAUCAGAAGCAACUGGAUUUCAGAGUUGAGGGCGAUGCCGCAUUUGAUGAAGGAGCUGAUAAAAGGGGCAUAGACCAGGCAAGCUCCUCACAAAUGGCACGAAAUGUUCUGUUUUUAUUUUUAAUUUUCUUUUUCUUCACUUUCGAGCGGUGGAUGUUCAAUCAGAGCGGUCUCAUAAGUCAGUUGUUUUUUUAAUAAGCAAUAAUAGUGAUUGAGAAUAAAAUUAUUGAUUGAUGUAAUUAAGACAACUGUUUCCGUUUUGCGUUUU